AUGAGUGCAGCGCAGCCCCGGGCCGGCUGCCACCUUCUCCCGAGUCUCUGCCACUUACUGAACAUGCCUGGAGCUGAGCAUCUGCGCUCCGCCGCGCCCCGCAGCCUCCGGGGGUCCUCCGGGGUAGAUGCUGAGAUCGAUAUCCUGGGAGAGGAGGAGCAGGAGGAGGAGGACGUCGCCGCUGGAGGCGAGGAAGACCGGGGGACCGAGAAGAAACCACUUUUCCUGGAGCCGCAGCGCCCGGAGGGAGCGCGUCGUGGCGGGAGCGCUGCGCCUCCGGAGCGCACGGAGAGCCCUGGCGAGGGGCGCGGCUGCUUGGAAUCGGGCGCCAAGUUCAAGGCAGCAGCGACCUGCUAUUCGGCGGCCCCCGAAGACACCCCGCAGCCCACGAAGCCCCCCUACUCCUACAUCGCACUCAUCACCAUGGCCAUCCUACAGAGCCCGCACCAGCGCCUCACGCUCAGCGGCAUCUGCGCCUUCAUCAGCGGCCGCUUCCCCUACUACCGCCGCAAGUUCCCCGCCUGGCAGAACAGCAUCCGCCACAACCUGUCGCUCAACGACUGCUUCGUCAAGAUCCCCCGCGAACCGGGCCACCCGGGCAAGGGCAACUACUGGAGCCUGGACCCCGCCUCCCAGGACAUGUUCGACCACGGCAGCUUUCUCCGGCGCAGGAAGCGUUUCAAGCGCCACCCCGCGCUGCCGGGGGUCCACCUGCCGCAUCCCUGGGCCCUGCCCGCCGCGCCCGCCGCCCUGCACGGCCCCUACCCGGGUCUGCUGCUCGGGGCCCCCGCCACGCCAUCGCCGCCGCCGGGCCCAGCCUCUUACGCCUCCCCGGCGCCGGGGAGCCACCCGUGUGCGCUGCUGCAUCCGCACCCGCUCCGCUACCUGCUCCUCUCCGCCCCAGCCCAGGCCGAAGCGCCCAGAAAAGCGCCCAGCGCCCAGCUGGCGAGACCCGGCGCCCUCCCGGGGCUGCAACCCUCUCUGAAGUCUCAGCCCGGCGAGGAAGGCCGGGGUCAAACGUCGGCCUCCUCCUUCAGCAUCGCUGACAUCAUGCAAGGAGCUGGGGGAGAAGGCAGCGGGCCGGAGCAGCAGAGUCUGCCUCCACCGACGCCCUGGGGCUACUGCCACCUGCUCCCGCGCUCUCCGUGCCUGCUGCAGCAUCAGGCCGCUGGUCCCUGGCUCCAUGUGUCGGCAGCAGCCGCUCGGACCCUUUGGCAGCAGCAGCGGCCGCGGGACUGUCCCGGCGGCUGCACGCCCAGUUAG